CAGAAGAGCAGAAACAUGAGAGAGAGUGAAUUCAUAGAGCUCCGGUUUUCGCACAAAACCGAUGAGCAAUAAAUAAGAGUGGAUGUUUUAUCCUGGAGGCGACCGGCUGAUAGUCUCCUAUGCGAAUUAUGAGGCAGUGCCGCGAACGUCUUAAAGAGAGCGACCUAGUCCGCGACUCAGCCAGAUCGGUAACCCUAAUUUUUCCUGUUCGAUUUCUAACACUUCAUCGCUAUAUAUAUCCAGUAGUGGCGGAGAUACUUCCUGGUGAUCUGCUUUGUGGACAAUGCAGGCAAUCCGUUGUCGAGCUGAUGGAGUUGUUGAGACCGACAGAGGAGGAUUCAAUUGUGGAAUCGGGGCAGCAGGGCGAGGAGAAGAAGAAGCGGAGGGAGCGGAAGACAGUUGUGGCGACUGCGGCGGGGGUUGGGCUUCCUCGAAAGGGAGUUGCGGUGGCUUGUUGAAAAACAUCUAUGAUUUCUUUUAUAAGUUCUAUUGAUUCUUUUCCAUAGAUUAUCUUUCUUUCUUUCUCUCACUGUUAUUCUUUUAUUUACUUAUUAUUAUACACUAAGAGCUUGGAUAAGUGACCAUCACCCUUUCUAUGAAUCAUCGGGUACAUGAAGAUGGAGAGGGAAACAAUUGGGUCAUGAAAUAAAAAAAAAAUGAGUAACAUUUUACAACAAACAAUUGAAGGGUCGUGAUUCGUGAAACUCCAUGAGAAUUGAUUGUGUCCUGGAAAGGGUUGAAGGCAGCGAUGCGAUAGGGGAGAUGGAAGGAAACGGUGGUGACUGGUGAGGGAGGGAUUUCAGAAGUAAUAAAACGCAGAAAGAAUG